UCUCUCUCUCUCUCUCUCUCUCUCUCUGCAGUGGGAUUGCCACAACAUCAAAGGCACCUCCCUCCCUCUCUCUCUCUCUCUCUGCAUCCUCCAGCAUCCGACACUCAGGAAGAGCAGAGGGGAACGACCUGGACUCAAGAAGAAGAGAUGUGUUCACUCCAAUGAGGCUCGUCCACCCCCAUUAGUGAUCCUGUCCGUGUCCGUCUGUCACCAUGAGCAUCGUGGCUCUGUCCCCCGUGGCCCCCGAGCCUCCGUCCCCGAUGGUCACCUCCGUCACACCCACCCUGGACCCUGACGCCUCCAGCUCCCCCGCUGAUGUCACCACGCCUCCUCUCUGCCCCGACCAGGAGCUCCAGGCCCAGGACGGAGCCUCCUCGCCCGGCCCGGGCCCCAGCCGGGGGGGAGGACCUUACCUGGGCCGAGACCCCUCCCACAGGUCAAAGAAACCUCCGCCCCUCCACACUGGAGCCGACUGGAAGGUGGUCCUGCACCUCCCAGAGAUCGAGAAGUGGCUGAGAGCAACCAGCGACAGAGUGACGCAGCUCACACACUCUGUGGGACAAGACAGCGACAACAGACACGUGGACGUCCACCUGGUGCAGCUCAAGGACAUCUGUGAGGACAUCUCAGACCAUGUGGAGCAGAUCCACGCCCUGCUGGAGACAGAGUUCUCCCUGAAGCUCCUGUCCUACUCCGUCAACAUCAUCGUUGACAUCCGGACGGUGCAGCUGCUGUGGCACCAGCUGAGGGUCUCUGUCCUGGUCCUGAAGGAGCGUCUGCUGCAGGGCCUGCAGGACUCCAACGGAAACUAUACCCGGCAGACCGACAUCCUGCAGGCCUUCAGCCAGGACCAGCACCAGACUCGGCUGGACGCUCUGACGGAGGUGGACGACUGCGGUCAGCUGACUAUCCGCUGCAGCCAGGACUACUUCUCCUUAGACUGCGGGAUCACCGCCUUCGAGUUGAGCGACUACAGCCCCGGAGACGAGCCCGAGGCCCGGGGGACCGAGGCAGGCGACGAGGAGGAGGACCUCGAUCAAGCUCCAGGUCCAAAUCCAGAUCCAGAGCCGGCAGCCGACAACGAGGAGGAGGAGGAGGAGGAGGAAGGAAUCUCAAACCCUGAACUCCACAACAGUCUACCUGAACUCACCCUGCCCGCCGACUCAUCAAACAAAAACCAUUCUGCGUCAGUAUUGGCGAGCAGCCACGGUGAGAGUGCGAAGCGCCCCCUGCAGGGCGUGAGCCUCAGCACCGAGGUGUCGCCCACGCAGCCGUCGCUGCCCAAGAGAGCCGCUCUGUUCUCCCCCGGGAGCGUGGAGGACUCCAGGGGAGGUCUGAGGAAGGUCAGCCCGCUCUCGGGGCUCCAGUUUCAGGCCGAGCUGAGUCGGAGCACCCCUUCUCUCAUGGAUCCUCCAGACCGCUCCAAGUUCUGGUUGGAGCUGGACUCAGUUUAUCCAGAGAAUGUUUCACAGUCCUACGAGAGUCUGCAGGUCAUGAACGGGCGCAACCUCCAGAGAAACCACGUGAGCUCCAGACAGGCAGGACGCUCUCAGGGGAGCGUCCAGAGACCGCUGACCGGAUCCAGGAGCUCAUCUGGGGCCAGAGCGACCAGCAACGCCCCCCCGCCUCUCCAAGAGCCGGCGUCUCGGGAUGAAAUAUCCAAACAAAUGGAGAGGAGCCAGAAGGAGACACAUGCACACAGUGAGGGGGACUCUGACUCCUCAUUGCCCUCCCCCAUGAGGGAGCAGUUCCUCUCCUCAGACCAGGAGGCGUCCGGAGAGGAGUCAGACCCCCGACCGCGUCCCGGCAAGACGGCGGUGUGGAUCGUGAAGCGCCAGGGCCAGAAGGGGGCCCAGGUUUCAUCAAGAGCCAGCCCAGACAGGGAGCACUGGUACGGGUCAGAGGAGUUCCUGGCUCUCCCCGCUCAGCUCCGUAAGACAGAGAUGCUCGCCAUGAAGCUGGAGACUCUGGCUCAGUCCCUCCCAGUGAGGCCCGGAGGCUGUGACUCCGCCCUCGAGGCUCUGCAGGACGUGGACGACUGGGAUUUGACGGAGCUGAACCCAGAAUGGGACGUCGGGGAGAGCGGGGACAACAUGAGCAGCGUUGGGGAGAGCGGGGAUGACAUGCCUUCUCUCCUGCCUCCACUGCUUCCGUACAGGAGGAACCUGGUGAGCCGCUUCAGCUCCACCUCCUCCAGCGACAUCGCUCCCUCGCUGGACGAAAGCAUCGAGUCCGGUCCGCUGAGCGACCUGCAGUCUGAAGACGACGAGGGCCGAAGGUCCGCAGAGCGCCGCCUGCAGCUGACGGCGCCCCCGGUGGACGUACGUGGAGGCGUGUCCCUGGUACUCCAGCUGCUGGAGGACAUCCAGAGUCAGGACAAAGACCCGGCCAUCUGGAAGAAGAUAGAGUGCUUCGUGCAGCAGUUGGACGGGUUCAUCUCGUGGCUGCAGGAGGCGCUGGACAGCACGGAGAACUGGACGCAGCCCAGACAGGACCUGGACAGCCUGAGGGCGUACCUGGACACACACCUGAAUUUUAAGCUGAACGUGGACAGUCGCAGCUCUCUGAAGGAGAACAUCAUGGAGGAAGGAAGAGCUCUGCUCAGCGUCAUCACCUCCCACCAAUCAGGUCUGAAGGAUAUCCUCCAUAUGGUCUCCAGCCAAUGGGAUCAGCUCCAGCGGCAGAUCCGGCGCCAACAUGGCUGGAUGCUCCGCGCCCUGCGCUGCAUCCAGGCCCGCCUCCUCUACAGCGGCCAGCUGCACGAGCCCUUCGCCGCCUCGGGGGACCCGUCGGCCAAUCGCCAGGCCCCGUGCCCGUCGGACGGCCUCAAGGCGGAGCUGAUCCCCAGUCAGUGUGAAGCCCAGCGAGCCGCCCUGGCAGAGCAGAUGGCUGUCAAACUGAGGAGCCUGCAGUACCCGUCACCGGCCAGCAGGAGGCACUACAGCCAGCUGGCCAGGAACAACAGUCUGCAAGAGUUUGAGGCUGAGUACCAGGAGCUGUGGGAUUGGCUGAUGGACAUGGACGCCAUGGUAACAGACAGUCACCAGCUGAUGAUGUCAGAGGAGCAGAGACAUCACCUCUUCAAGAGCAGCCACGCUGAGCUGAUGAUGAUGGAGAGCAGGAAGACCAGCCUGCUGGGCCGCGCUGAGUCCCUGAAGAGGAGCGCCACCGAGCUGCCGGGACACUUCCACAGCAAGAUACACAACCUGACGCACACCUGGAGACAGCUGGAGAAAAUCCUGUCGGAGCACUCUGGACCCGGCUCGUCCUCGCAGCAGAGCCGCCCGGCCGGCGUGAACUCGCUGCUGGCCGGUGGGCGGGGCGUCGCCGUGGACAACCCUCGCUCCGCCCUCUCGCCGCUCACCAACUCGCUGCUGGAGCAGCUGGAGGCUCGUAUCAAAGAGCUGAAGGCGUGGCUCAGGGACACCGAGCUGCUCAUCUUCAACUCGUGCCUGGGACAAGACAAGGACGCCUCGGAGCAGCUGCACAGCUUCAAGUCUCUGUGUUCGGAGGUGCGAGCCCGACGGAGAGGAGUCGCCUCCGUCCUGAAACUCUGCCAGAAACUGCUGCAACAGAGCCAGUCGGGCCCCAUGGCGGAGGUGGGCCCAGAGGCAGAGCAGCACCGGGAGGCCCUGCAGCUGCUGUCAAUCAACCUGGAGAGGAGGUGGGAGGCGAUCGUGAUGCAGGCACUGCAGUGGCAGAACAGACUGAGGAGAGAGCUGGGAGAGCAGCAGGUUCCUGGGAGCGUUCUGGAGCCCGGUCUGGUCGACCUCCACCAGAUCAGCCCGGUCCCGGCCGGCCCGGUGGCUCCGCCCACCGACGACUCCUGGGAAUGGGAUGAGACGGAUAUGACAAUCACAGAGCUGGAGCCACAGGAAGCAGCGGAGCCAGACCUCAUGCACAACCUGUCAGAACCAAACCUGCCUUCAGACGGCGCCCUGGCCAACGGGAACCAACCGGACGGGGUUCAGAGUCCUCAGAGGAUGUCCCACAUGAGAGGAGGAGAGUCUAACGUGAUCUCCCAAACUUUUCCUCCUCCGAACAACAACAACACCGUCUACCAGGUGUACAGCCUCCACAGCGUGGAGCUCUACCGACAGCCUCAGUUUCUUCCUCACUCGUCCUCCUCGCUGCACAAAACCAAAUCAGGAAAACGGAAACAGCACCUCCUGCUGAAGAGCCUGAGCAAGGACUCCUCGUUCUCCUCCAUCGAGUCGCUCCCGGACCUCCUGGGAGGCUCGACGUCGAGCAGCCGAGGAGGAGAGAGGAUCGGCGGGUACCGGGACGUGGAGAGCGAGCGGGAGAGCGGCAGGGGGAGCUUCCAGUCGGCCAGCAGCCGGCGGUCGGAGAGCGAGAGCGGGAUCGUGAGCGACACGGGAGACAUGGAGGCCACAACAAACUCUGAAAACCAGGGAGAGGAGGAGGAAAAGGAGGGGGAGGAGGAGGGGGAGGAGGAGGGGGAGGAGGAAAAGAAGCAGAGGAAGUAUGAAACUGUACACAAAGACGGUGUCGCCAGGCACAACCACAGAAACAAGAGAGAGGAGAAUGUGAAGGAGAAAGGACGGAGGAGGGAUGAAAUCAGGAGGAACAGAGAGGAGGAGAAGAGGAGGAGGCACAGGAGAGGAGGAGGGGAGGCAGUGGAGAUCCUCAUCAACGGCCGGGGGAUCCUGACUCCUGCUGACUCCGACUCUGACUUUGAGGCAGGAGGACUCUCCGUGGACUCCUCCAAGACCUUUGAGUCCUGCAGUGACACCACACAGAUCAAAGUGGGGCCGUUUAACGGUCUGGAGACCUCCUGGUCUCCUCCUGGUCUCAGCCGCCGGGCCUCCAGUCCGGUUCUCUCUCAGGGCUCCUCUCUGGAGUCCCUGCUGGCUCUGGGGGUGGAGUUGUUCCCCUCCAAGGAGCAGCUGCAGCGGAGCGCCUCCUUGGAGAGCUGCCUGCCGCCGUGUCGCAGCGCGGAGGAGACCGGGGGCAGCCUGGCCAGCCUCGGGGAGCUGGACCCGGGCCAGAACCAGGAGAACCGGGACGCAGGAGAACCGGGAGAGGAGAAGAACAUUGAAAAGGCAGAACCGUCUUCUGGGGAGCUGAGCCGGAGAACUCUGGACCUCCUGCAGCGCCUGGAGAACAUCCAGAGUCCUCUGGCGGCCAAAAUGACCCGCAGCGUGUCUGACAUGACGCUCCGGAGCAGCUCGCCGCAGCAGAGCAGGCUCCCCGCCUCGCCGUCCCUCGGUGGGCGCCACGCCCCUCUUUCAGGUAUUUCCCGUAAAGGACCCCCAUCCCUCAUCAACGAGAGCUCGGCCACAGCGUCUCUGACGGAGCUCAGCAGCACCGAGGACUCGUCCUUCGGCUCUGAAGACUUCGCCAUGUUCAGGAACCAGCGCCACCUCUUCCUGGAUCCCGCCAACGGCAACUCCAGCUGUUACAGGAAGCAUUGCCACGGCAACAGCAGGGGAGGACACGGGAUGGACGAAUCGGACGCGGCCAGUCUGAGCCUGGUGGUCAACGUCUCCUGCAAGUCGGCGUGCACGGACGAAGACGAGGACGACAGCGACCUCCUGUCGUCCUCCACGCUCACGCUCACCGAGGAGGAGCUCGGUGUUCGGGACGAAGAGGACGAGGAGGAGGAGAGGUUGAGCGGCGGCUCCUCCGGAAACGAUGACGACGAGGAUGAUGAAGAGGAGAUGGAGGGGUCGUACGUGCUGGGGCUGGAGUACAUGAAGAGGGAGCUGCAGAGCUGGAUCAGAUCUCCUCGAACCUCCUCCUCCUCGAAGACAGAAGCGGGCCUCCGGGACGAGCUGCAGUGUGGGACCAACCUGUCCUCCUCCUUCACCUCGUCCUCUCAGAACAAGGAGCAGCACGGCUACCAGAACCGCACAAAACUCAUGGAAAACAACACAAACAGUAGCAACAACAAAACAAAAAGAGACACGAAGGAGCAGAAAGAAGAGGAGGAGAACCGCAGGAACGCAACGAGAAGCUACAUCAGCCAGUUUGUGGACGACGUGGAGAACGGGAACGUGGAGCAGAGCUGCUUGAAGGGGAAGGACGAGGACGACGAGCUCCUCCGGGAGGAGUCCAGCGUCUUCACCAAGAAAGGAGAGUCGCUGAGGGAGGCGUACGUGUUCUCCAAGACAGCCGAGUAGUCUCUGCAGGAUGUCGGUGAGUUGAUCGUGAACACAGACUCAAACUCCACGCAGCAGCUGUCUCCGUCGCCGUCCUGCGAGCUCCUCCCCUUCCUGUCCAAACGGGCUUCAUCUCUAGUGGGCCAGCUGAGAGGGGAGCUCCCCUGCCACAGCGCCUCCCUCCCCUCGCCUCCUUCCCUCUCUCCCGUAGACGACUGCACAUCCCACGAUGACUCCUCCCACGGCGGCGGGCCGGCGGCCGGAGGACGGAAGGCCAUCACCAGCCAGGAGAAGUUCAAGUUCUCGUCUUUCGUGACGGAGGAGACGAGGAGGGAGGUCAGAGACAAACAAUCGUCCCUGCCUCCGAAAAAACGGCACAAUUCUCACUCCUCCUCCUGCUGCAGCCACCUCCCCUCUCCCUCCUCGCUGCACCCCUGCAGCGUCGACGAGGAGAAGAAGAAGAACGUGCACGACUUUGUGAUGGAGAUUAUUGACAUGACGUCACUGGCGCUGAAGAGCAAAGAGAGCCAGCCUGAAGAACCGAACCAGAACCAGAACGACCCGGACCAGGGACCUGCAUCACUAGCACACAUCAGAGACAAGGUGCUGGAGCACUCCCACCGGCCUCUCCACCUGCGUAAGGGAGACUUCUACUCCUACCUGUCUCUGUCCUCCCAUGACAGCGACUGUGGCGAGGUCAGCCAGUGCUCCGAGGACAAGAGCUCCACGCCGGCGCCCUACAGCCUCCCGUCCUACUCCACGCCCACCCAGGGCCUGCUCAGCCCCAGCCUGAGCCCCGAGCUGUUCACCAGCACCAGGCGGCAGACCUCCAACCCGUCUUCCAGGCGCUCCUCUCCCGGUUUCGACUCCAGGAGCGGUGGCUUCUGUGGCGCUCUGGAUCUGAAGGCCGUGGCGGGGAGCUGCAGCGAGGAGCCCGGCAGCCCCGCCCUCUCCCUGCCCCCGAGCCCAGACAUCAGGGACGAGGAGACCCUGUUUGCGGUCUGCACCGAGGAGGUCUACCUGGGCCCGCCUCUCUGCUACAGCAUGGUGCUCACCAAGAAACCCCGCCGCUUCCUGCUGAAAGACAACGUAGAGUUCUUGCCCUCUCUGGACUCUGGCUAUGAACUGGAUCACAGUCUAGCUUCCUUGCCUUUUUCAGAACAGAACCCAGGUGAUAGUCUGAGCCACCUGUCUCCCUCUAAGGAGUUAGUGUUGGACAGAGACCUGCUGUAUUUCCAAGGAUCCAGUCCCACAGAGGAUCCACAUGACUCCUUCUCUCCUCCUUCUCCCGCCUCCCUCCAGGGGCCCGGCUCCAAACCACAAGCUGACACUCCUUCCCCUCCUUCUCCCGUGUCCUCCGGGGAAGAGGAGCGAGGUGAGGACCCGUACCUCCUCUGUGAUGUCGCUGGAGGAGAAGUCGCGGCCGCUGCAAGUGUCAGCGCGCCGCAGGAGGAGAGGAGUCGUAAUGAGGGGCCUCCUUAUCUUAAUCCCCGGGCGCGUGUCGCCCCGAUAGACUCCUCCGCAGCCGAAUGUUUGGCAGAUACUAAAACGCUUGAAUCCAAUAUGGGCGCCGUAAUGACCAAGAUAAGUGUCUGCAGCUCCGCUACAAAUCCCUCAAAAGAGCCAGCCACCACCGCCACGCGUAUUAAUCCCAAAAUUAACUGCUCGGCGAUGAGAGAGGCAGAUAGGGAGGAGGGGGAGCGGCAGGGGGAGGCGGAUGCUCAGCGGGUGAAGCCGGAGGAGAAGGGGAGGAGAGGGCGGAGCGGCUCGCAGCAGGAAGCAAAGACAGCAGCGGAGAAGCAGGUGAGUGUUCCAGCAUUAGUCAAUCACGCCUCCAGAGCAUCAGAGGGGCGGAGCCAAGCCUCAGUGAGACCGCCCACCUCCAGGACAAGACCUGUCAGUAGACUUCCUGUCCUGGGAGCAGCAGCCUCCAGGAUCCAGCUGUAGAGGAGCUCCUGCACCUCCUCCUGAAGCCUCCUCACCUCUCCCAUCUCCCAAAUCUCACAGCUGUAACCCAGCGGAGCGUUAGGAAAACUGGACUGAAAACUCAUCCGGCAGUUUCAGGGUCUGAUUUCAGGGUUGAACUUGAGUUUCUGAGUGGUUAUGAAGCAGCUUUUUUUCGGGUUUUAGCUGAGCAUAUUUUUCAGUUUGUUUGUUUGUGGACAGUGCAGAGCAUUCACAGCAAAACACAGUUUGAAUGUGAAGAAGACGAAGAUCUAAGAGCUCAGAGGGAAAACAACACACCCAACAAGGAUUCAUUUGUGAUUAUCGAUUGAUUAUUAGAGUUAGAAAAAUAGAAAUCAGGAUGGAAAUGAAGCAGAUAAGAAGCGUUUAGCAAAGAAAUUAAUCAUUGCAGUGAAAUCCCACAUCUGAAAGAAACAUUCACUUAAUGUCACUGAUGAGUCACAACAUUAAACAUCACAUGGAUGACAUAAAUUCAGGAGAAAUAGAAAAAAUGUAUCCGGAGAAAACAUCUUUUUAUGUCCAACUGAAGGCAACCCAGAUUCAGCUUGAUCUUCUAUUAACUGUGUUUUUUUGUUGUUGGUUUUUUUACAUUUUUUAUUAUAUCGUGGUGUUCUCAGGUCAGUGAUGCCACCUGAUGUUCUGCACUGUGCUCACUCAUCUGGCAUUACAAGAGUGAUCAGUAUGAGGAAGAUUUGAAUGUGAGUGAUGUUAACCUGACCUGAGAUCAGCUGGAUUUACAGGUUUACACUCAGAUGGACCCUUGUGUUGCUCCUUAUUGAUGCUACUUCCUGUUGUUUCACUGGUUGCACAAAGAAAUAUGAGACGUGUCUGCUGAGCUUAAUGCCGAUUAAGAACGGCAACAUCAUCAUUCUACUCAACACAGAGCUACAUCUCUCAGUGUGGAUUAACACAAAUCAAAACUCUGAUAUUUACAGUAUUCCCAUGUCUACUGAUGAGCUAGAAUGAACAAAACGUGACACCGAAUGACUGAAAGAAACAAAUUGGGGAUUCAGUUUGAGCUGCAUCUUGUAAAAGAGACUCAAAUACUGCUCACCGAACAAGUUGUUCUGGCCAAAACCUUUGCUAACAGUUAAUCAGAGUUGGUGAACAUUGUUUGUUCAACCUCACGAGCCAUCAUCUGUUGAAUUCUUGACAUUCGUUCAUCCAAUCCACUUCACACUCUGUAGAUGUAUAGCUGAGGACAAAGGAAGUGCAGAGUGGAGAGAAAUGGAACAUGUUUAUAAGUAGUGUGUUAUGUUCACACUGUAGUUUAUUAAGAGGGGACCCUGUUAACUGUAGCCGCUGCAGUGACCCUGUUAACUGUAGCCGCUACAGUGACCCUGUUAACUGUAGCCGCUACAGUG